AUGUUACCAGUGUGGCUAUUAAUAGUUGUAUUUGUUUCUAUUCAUGGUCAACAGUCUUCACCAUGGAUUGGCACAUUUAAAACAGAUAACACAUGCAAUCAACAGCUAUGUUGUUGUCUAAAUAGAAAUGUGAAAAUUAGUGAACAGGAUGCAAAUCAUCUUAAACUAUCCGCUCCAUUAGCUGGUCAAUGUGGUUCAGAAAAGGAGAUUGAAAUGCAGGUAGUUAAACCAACUGGAUAUACAACAAUAAUAUAUUUAGGAGGUCAACCUUUUGCCAUAAAAUUAAGUGCAGAUAGCAAGACGAUUAUUCUGGAUAACGGGGUGCAUCCAGAAUGUAGUGGUAAAGCCGUUCGCAAUAGUGUUAGUGGAAUGACGACAUCAACUAAUUAUUAUUACUUGUAUUGCAUUAUGAUAACGUCCAUUGCUUUAUUAAUUCGUCAAAGUUGA